AAAUCCAUCCUCCGCCUAUAUCCCCGGUGACACACCGUUGCCGGCCAACCCUCUCUCCUCUCUCUCUCUCUCUCUCUCUCACUCACGCUUAACUUGACCAUAUAUAUCCAAUUUUGGGAUUAAUAAAAAAUUGAAAACUUGGGUACCCAUUUUUUCCACACAAAGAAAAUAAAAAGAUAAUCAUCUUCUUCUUGCUUCACACGAUCUUCUUCAUCCCCCACCCAGAAUGUACACUAACCCAUCACACGGCAGCAUCGAAGUUUGAAUCUUUGUGCAAAACGAGCUCGUGGGUAGGACGUGCUUGUUAGAGAGAGAGAGUGCAACGCUAGAGAGAGAGAAACAGUGUGUUUGUGUGUGUUAUGGUAUGGCUCAGCAGAGGCAAUCGGGAAUGGAGAGGUUCGGGGUGAGGGUGGGGACCCAAGAUCUGAACCACCCCAACGGCUCCACCGAUCACGUCGCCGUCGGGAUUCGCGGCGCCGUUCCUAACAAGCAGCCUCGGCUCCGGCGAUCGGCGCGAUCCGACAGGGGCACGCAGCUCUCGGUGGCGGCAAUCUUAGUUUUCCUCUUCCUUGUACUUGUCGUCACUGUCCUGGUUUUUUCUUACAUUUCUAGAGACGAAAUAAGUAACAGUGGUGAUGAUAAAGAUGAGUUAAAGAGUGAUUCUGAUUUUCUUACAAAUGUACCACGGAUAGAGAGGAAGAAAGUCCUUGACUUUGGGCACGGCUCUGGGGGACAUGGCCGAGAUUCAAGAUAUUGGGAUAGGGAUGAUAGGAGAAGGGAUGAUGAUUAUGAUGAGGAUAUGAUGGAGCAGACAAGUAGGGAUCCUGGAGAUGAAAAUUCUGAAGAUGAUGCUCUUAGGAUGAAUCACAGUAUGCAGUCUUCUCAGGAUGGUUCUCACACAGGCUUAAAGCGAAGAGGUGUUGGCUUGUAUAAUGAAGCUGGACGUCAUGAAUUGAAAAGGUAUGAAGCAGAAUAUGAGGCCUCUUUGAAGAAUCUGGGACACUCUACUGAAGAUGAUGGGAAAAUGUCGCAUGAUGCUGAUCUGGAAAAGAAGAAUGCAGCAGAUGACAUUGUUGAUGAGUAUGAUGACUUUUUUGAUUUCCAUGAUGCUCAAAUGGAAGACUCUGGCGAUAGUGGAAAUAUGAGAGUGAAACAUUCUAAUUCCAAUGUACUAAGGUCGGACAGCGAAGUUCAGACAGAAUCCCAUGAUUCUUUUGAUGUGGGAACCAAUGAUGAUAUUACUUCUGAGGAAGUUGAUGGAGCAUCUUCCUUGAACAAAAGAACAAAUUCUAGACAUGCAAAUCUUAUUAAUGGACAUUCAAAUAAAAAACCACAUCCUGAAACAAAGAAGAAAGCCAAGCGCCGCAAAUAUUCAGGCUCCUGUGAGAUGAAGUUAUUAAACUCUACUUCGCUGCUUGUAGAACCACUAGAAAGUCGAAAAUUUGCAAGAUUUAACUUACAGUACACGGAGAUAGAAGAGAGGCCCCAGGGAGGAGAACAAUGGGUGCCCAGAUUCGCAGGCCAUCAGAGCUUAGAAGAGAGGGAAAAUUCAUUUUUUGCACGUGAUCAGAAAAUAAAGUGCGGUUUUGUUAAAGGUCCUGAAGGGUCUCCUAGCACUGGAUUUGACAUGGCAGAAGAUGACGUAAGUUACAUUAGCAGAUGCCACAUUGCUGUGAUUUCAUGCAUAUUUGGAAAUUCUGAUCGCUUGAGGACCCCAGCCACCAAAACGGUCACUCGUUUGUCAAGAAAGAAUGUCUGCUUUGUUAUGUUUACUGAUGAAGUUACAAUUCGAACACUUUCUGCUGAAGGUCAUGUACCUGAUAGAAUGGGUUUCAUUGGCUUUUGGAAGUUAGUGGUAGUGAAGAAUCUACCCUUUGAUGAUAUGCGGAGAGUGGGCAAAAUACCUAAGUUAUUGCCACAUCGACUUUUUCCUUUUGCAAGGUAUUCAAUUUGGUUGGAUAGCAAAUUAAGGCUGCAGCUUGAUCCUUUACUUAUCUUGGAGUACUUCUUGUGGCGAAAGGGUUAUGAAUUUGCGAUAUCCAACCACUAUGAUCGACAUUGUGUGUGGGAAGAGGUAGCACAAAACAAGAAAUUGAACAAGUAUAAUCAUACGGUUAUAGAUGAACAAUUUUCAUUUUACCGGGCUGAUGGACUGGAAAGAUUUAAUGCCUCUGAUCCAAACAAGCUUCUUCCAAGCAAUGUACCUGAAGGUUCUUUUAUUAUUAGGGCACACACCCCAAUGUCAAACUUGUUCUCCUGUCUUUGGUUCAAUGAAGUUGAUCGGUUUACUCCUCGUGAUCAGCUGAGUUUCGCGUAUACUUAUCAGAAGCUGAAAAGGAUGAAUCCUGACAAACCUUUUCAUCUUAAUAUGUUUAAGGACUGUGAAAGGAGACACAUAGCCAAGUUGUUCCGUCAUAGGAUGGAUGAGAAGAGGAAUACUCGUCAACAAGCAACAGAAUAAAGCGAGUUUUCAUUAACAUUUUUUUAUUGCUAAUGGGCUUGAUAUGAUGUUUACUUGGCCAGUCUGUUCCAUAUCUCUGAUGGUAAUCUGCUGCAGAGUUUGUGCCACGGUUCAGUGACUAGAUGAUUCAGCAAAGGUGUUUCCAAAGGAAGUGAAGUGUUUCUCAAAUUAUGAUCUACAAUGCUGCUGUGUCAUCCAUGCAACAUAAUUUUUUGGUUAUGUUUUGUCGAAUCUCUUGUACAAGUCCAUUUGUGCAUUCAUUUAUGCCUUGGGAAACAAGCAAAAGCAUCAAAUGACUCCUUGACCAUCACUUCCAUCCACUACUACGGCUCCUAGUCAUAUUUCAUUUCUAAAUGAUAAAUUGUGAUUGUUUAUAUGUAGAAAAUUUUGAUAGGUCAUUCAUACUCAUGUUAGAAAUCUUACUCGUGAUUCUUAUCACAUUGAUUUUAUUAGUUAAGUAUUUCAUUA